GAAACCAAAACUUAAGACAAACACCAGUGACAUCAAAACUCAAAAAUCUUUACUUCUCAACUGCCCCCUUCUUUCCCAUUUUUCACUUACAAACAACAAACGCAAUAACUACAUCUUUCUCUCAACCAUUUCUCUGCAUUUUUUACUCCUCUGUUUUUAGCUGAAGUUUUCACAACUCAAUCAUAGAUAACAAAAUCAUCAAAGAUUUGACCUUUCCGAACUCUGUUUGUAACUCACCAGCGGCUCGGUUUUCUCCAUUGAUCCUCAUAUUUUUCUCUGGAUCAGUGGUUUUCUUGGAACAAUUCUUCUUUGAACCUCAGGGAAAAGGGGCAAACUUUUUUAGCACCCCUGUUUUCUCCUCUGUUUUUUCUCACCUUUUUCUCUAAUUUUAUGAAGUUAUAAAUGGACAAAAUCCAAGAAGACAACACUAUGUCUUGCAUAUUUGAUGAGGGUGCUCAAAUUCGUUCAUCCUUAUCUCAACUAAUUUUAACAAGUGGUACAAACACAUUGGAUUCAAUCUUUUCUAAUUGCCAAGAAACAAAUCAAAUUACUAGCCCUGUUUUUGAGCCUUUAGGUUCUUCAGUCUACCUCAGACAAAGAGAUUUGCUAAACAAAUUUUGUCAAGAAAACAUAGCAAAUAUCCGAAUACCAACAACUUCAACAACUACCCCUUUUCAGAACUCUUUGUAUACACAAAGUUAUAAUUCACAGAGUUAUAAGUUUCCAGAGAAGAAAAAACUAUACAGGGGAGUGAGACAGAGGCAUUGGGGAAAAUGGGUUGCUGAAAUAAGACUUCCACAAAAUAGAAUGAGAGUUUGGUUGGGUACUUAUGACACUGCUGAAGCUGCUGCUUAUGCCUAUGACAGAGCAGCCUAUAAGCUUCGUGGCGAAUAUGCACGUUUGAAUUUUCCUAAUCUUCGCGAUCCGAGCAAGUUGGGAUUUGGAGAUAGUGAGAAAAUGAUUGCUGUGAAGAAUGCUGUGGAUGCUAAGAUUCAAGCUAUUUGUCAAAAGGUGAAAGCUAAAAAGGGUGCCAAGAAAAAGAGAGAAAAUGAGAGUAAAGUUAACGAAACUGUGGAUUCAUCAUCUUCUACUACUACUAGUACUACUUCUUUGGUUGGUGAUGUGAUUUCACCAAGUGUUUCUCAAGAUGGAUUGUGGAAAAGUGAGAAUUCGGAUUGUUCUGUUUUUGGUGAUUGCUUGAAGGAGCCAUUAAUGGAAUCUGAGUUUGAUAGUUGUUCACUCGCAAGAAUGCCUUCGUUUGAUCCUGACUUGAUAUGGGAAGUUCUUGCUAAUUAGGACUCCCUGGGUCGUCAUGGUUAAUUAGGAGUUGUUUUUGGGACUUAGUAGUACCAUCUUAUGUUUUGGAAAAUAUAAAUGGUUAAUUUUGAAGAUUAGCUAUCUAUUUUAUGACUACCUUUGUCAAAGUUUAGCAGUGAUGGAUGUCUUGAGUUUGUGUCUUGUGUUUCCUUAUGGGAUGAAUGGACAUAUUUGAGCUCUAUUUACUCCCAAGUAUCUGUAUGACUGUAUCAAAUAUGUGGGGUUUUGUUAUUUCAAUAAAAUUAGUGAUAUUUAAAC